AUGUUGCAAAAAUUGUUAUCUUUAGAGCAAGGUGGCUUAGCCAUUGCUGGACGUCCACCCACUAGACAUGGCCGAGAAUCCGUUAGUAGCUCAGAAGAAAACAGGGAUCAAUCAUCAACAUCUUCCGAACUACGCAAAGAAGACGAAGCUGAGAAGUCGGACUUGUUGCAAGCAUACGAUACGGGGGAAGAUGAGUUCUUAGCGAAGCUGUAA